AUUAAGACUGGACGUCGGAUGCUGUUUGCACAUGCGCCGUGCGAAGGAUUGCGUUGAUUGGUUGAUUGUAGAAUGGCGACGGGUUUGAGUCUGCAGCGACGAGAGACCGGAGAGGCGAGAAACAGCAGCCCGAGUGGGUGGAGGCGGCCGUCGACGGAUGGCAGUUUAAAUGCGAACAGUUGGACGAAGAACGACAUCGUUUGGAAAAGUGAAGAUUCCUGUGCUACUCGCGUGUACAUACCUGGUGUAGACAUGAAUUGCAACAAAAGGGCAAGAAAAGUGAAGUGGCAGCCAUGCAAAGAAGUUCAUUUCAAAUCUCCUCUUUUGACCAAUUCUAGACACAAUUUAAUUUCCCCUCAAACAGACCCUAUGUCAUCUGAUCCUAAGACCAGCCGAUUGUCUGGUAAACUAUCAGCUUCCACUAAACUCAGUGAUGAUGCAAAUUCAGCGGAAGACCAUUCCAAAGUGCUGCUCAAAGAUCUUUGCCACGAAGACAAACUGCGUGUGGCCAAUCUCAUUUUGGAACUAGCUAAACUUGGUGAUGAACGGGACAAUGUCAAGGAACAAUUAAACAAAGAACGUGGCAAUUUUGAAGUUCAAAUCCAACGUUUAACAGAUCAACUGAAAACCCUCACCGAUGACCACAAACAAAUUCUGUGUAAAAUGAUGGACUGCCAACAUCUGUUGAGUAUUUACCAACACAUUCUUACUGAAAUACAAGACCAAAAGAGGAACCCAAAAUCUGACCAAAAUCUCCAAGAAAUAAUCAACACCAAAGAAAAUGUGCAACAUCGCACCAUUUCCCAAGAGUGUGCUUGUGAACAUGUUGCUAAGCAACAGCCUGUCUUCAAGACUCAUGAGUGUGUUUCUAAUCAAGGCAAUCAUUGUAAUUUACCUUCAGACAUUUGUGUCCAUCACUCAAAAACUGCAACGAUGUCGCUUUCUCGUAAUAAUUCCAACAUUUCAAAUCCACAGAAUUCAAACUCAUUAAAUAUUCAUUCAUCAAGAAGGCUGCCACAUCAUAAAAAAGCUAAUUUGGUGUCUCAUGUUGCCAGGAAAGACUUGAGACCUGCUAAAUAUAUAUUCAAAACCAGUCCUCGUGAUGAACCCCAAAACUGUGCUAAUGGAGAAAUACCAAGAGAAAGAUCUUUGAAAGAUAUCAGAGAGGCCAGUGCGAAAUCUACCUCUUCUCAAAAAGGUCUCGCUCCCUCAGAAAUGAAUUAUACUGAAGAAUGUACUGAGGAUUUGGCUGGUGCCAAAAUAAAUAUUUCUAAAACUAGGGAGCCAGUGUCUUUGCAUGCAGAGGAAAUGGUAACUUCAAAGGAUCAUUUAGAAAAACCAAAGAGUAAAUGUGAUAAAUUAAAUGAACGGAGAUUGUUUGGUCCUCUUCAAGAACCGAUUAUGUCGAGUACUCAGAGGAGCUCAGAAUUUGCUUACAGUGGCUCAGUCUGUUCACAAAACACAGUUGCCAACGCUGUUAAUGCUGGUGCCGGUCACCAUUCUUUCCGAUCUGCAUUUAGUCUUCCAGAAACCCUUCACUCGUAUAAAAGACUUGCGCAUCUUAACUUUUCCGAUACAUCUCAUUCGAGAAACAAUAUUUACAACAAUUAUGCAAAACAUAAAACAUCAAGUCUUCGUUCAUCUCUGCACAGUUUGCCAAAUGUCUUGUUGCAGGCUGCACCUUCCAGAAACACAGAUUUAACCAAUAAAGCUGUACUUUCUGACAAAACUAAUGAGGGGGAACUACACAACACAUCGUUACAAUCAAACGCUUCUAAAACAUCUCAUCCUGAUUUGUUGGCAAAUAAUUUAAAUGCUGCACAAUUUUGUCAAAUGGACUUUGAAGAACGUCGACAGUUUCUUGUGAAACAAAGAGAAUUAUUGAAUGAAGAGCGGAACCGUUUGAUGUCCAUUCUUAAUCAUCCAGACAUCAAACCUUUACAACUCAACUCCAUUUCUAAUCGUAAAAAUUCUAUACCUGAAUUAUCAUUUACCAGUCAAGCAAUACCAAUCAGUUGCCAAGAUAAAGAGAAUUCUUGUAAUAUUAGUGAAGACACUGAAGAAGCUUCAUUGAAAAGUGAAAUUGUGUCCAAAGAACCCUGUGAUGAGGUUGUCUCUGAUUCAAAUCUUGGAGAAGUGGUAACGAAGGUAAAUUCCGAAGAUUGCUGCAGUGUUUCAUCUCAAAGCAGCUCAAAACAAUCUUCACUUUGUCUCGCCGACUUGAUUGAUUCUAUAGAAUCUGACCUGCCUCUUGCACAUAAACAACAUUUCCCAAAGAAAUCUCACAGAUUAUCCCCAAAACUUACCAAACCUUUUCAAUCAGAGAAAUUGGAAGAAAUAUGUGAACGGGAAAUUUUGAAGGAUGUUUUCUUUUUAAACUGAUUUCUUUUUAAACUUAUUUAAUAAUUUCCAUGAAUGUGAUAUAAUUUUUGGAAGACUUUUUUUAUAUUUAUUUCUGCAAUCCAUUUUGGUCGAUAAUGAAAUAUGAACAACUUGAAAAUAUAUACUUUUAUCUUCAAUGUGUUUGAUAAAUUAAUUACCCUCCUGGGUUUUUCUUUUUUUUUUCUCUCUCUUUUUCCUUUUUUAUGUCAGGAAUAUUUUGAGAAAUUUUGAGAUAUAUCCUCUGGAAUCAUCUCAAAGAAAACUGCCUCAAUAAUGGUUCAACCACAGAUGUUCUUUUUUGUUAAAAGAAAAAUAAGAAAAAACCAAUAAACCGCAGAUAAAUAAACAAUUAAUUUUGAAAAGUUCUCUUGAGAAUUUUUCUUCAGUUUCUGUCCCUUCCACAAAUCUGAAGAAAGAUUACCAAUAUAGAGAAUCAAUGGAGAAAAGAGAAACUUUUAUUUUUUCUUUUGAAAACCCAAACAGAUUUUUUUUUUAUUUAUAAUUAUUUUAGUUUAAUUUUUAUUUGUGAUUGAGAAAUGUAAAUAUGUCUGUAAGCCUGGAUCAGUGUGUUUUUCUAUGGUUUCUUUAAACAUUUUUAAAUAUGAAAUUUGGUGAGAGUCUAUUUUUUCAUGUCAUAGAUCAAAGAUGUGACUAAUAUUUAGGUCAAAUAUUUUGAUUCUAAUUUUAUCUAAACACCUCGACCCCCCCCAUUUAGUGACCACUGAUAUUGCUUUUGUAUCUCCUAUGUUACUGACCAAUGGCCACUUGUCCUUGAGAAAUUUUGUGAAAACAGGAUUGUUGUAUUUGGCAUAAACAAAAUCUUCACCUGUGUCUGGCACACAAAUCCCUCGUCAGAAUGGCUCACCUGUUUGGUUCACCUGUCUCCUGGACCAGUGGCUUCCCAACAGACCACAGCAUCACAGUUGAUGUUGUUGCAGCUCUCUCCAUCCGAUGCUUCACCAGCCUCUGUGUACUUUGUUGCCCACACUCUUUCUCCUUUACACCAAUCACCUUCUGACCAUCACCUCUGACACUGACCACUUCUACCACCCUUCAUAUCUGAAUACCCUUAUGUCGAUAGAAGAAGUGCCAGGCUCAAAAUAAAUACGUACUGGAGUCAAUUCAUUUGACUGAAAGUUCUUCAAGGCAGUGCUGCCCCAGCAUGGCCACGGUCUAAUGACUGAAACUAGUAAAAGAUAUAGACACACAAGCACAUACAAAUAGAUC